GCAAUGGAGUACGAAAGCAUAUAGAUCUCAUAAGCUAUUAGCUAUUCAGUUCGAAAGGUCUUUUAUUCAAAGCAACGCAUUGUGUUUUGAAACAGAGACUUAUUUUUAUGGUGGUAAAUUUGAACAAGUGACAAUUCAAGAUAAUCAUUAGAUAGCUAAAGAUAAUUACUCAUCGUUCGAGAGUUUCAAAGAAUUCGCCGACACACUAUAUAUACUGAAGCAUGUACGAGAAAUCUAACAUACCGAAAGUUGAGCCAGUCGAGAUGGUUAGCAACCCGAUGACAAGCUUGAAUCCUCACUCGCAGAUACUUGCACAGCAACAGCAACAACACAACGGAUCAGGUUCACCCUCCCCCACACUGAUGACCAUGCCACAACAAACUAAUCUAUCAUCUGGACAGACUACGUUAAGUCCGAGCCAGACGAACGGAGAUGUUGCAAAAAAACCCGAUCAUGUUAAACGACCAAUGAACGCAUUUAUGGUGUGGUCACGUGAAAAAAGAAGAAAAAUGGCGCAGAUCAACCCACGUAUGCAUAAUUCUGAGAUCUCAAAAAUCCUCGGAGCAGAAUGGAAACGAAUGGGUGAGAUUGAGAAGCAACCAUACGUCGAAGAAGCGAAACGUCUCCAGACACAGCACAGCAUCGAGUAUCCCAAUUAUAAAUACAAACCGAGAAGACGAAAGCCGAAAACAAUGAUAAAAAAAGAUAAGAUGGGAUUCCCUUACGCUACAGAUCCAAAUGGCAUUCCAACUGGCAUGAAAUUCCCAUAUCCUUCUCCCUUCCCACAAGACUCUAUGUACGCUCCUAUUUAUCAAAUGCCUGGAGCACCGCCCGGUUACGCUAUGUACGCCGAUUAUGGUUCGCCAGCCAUUGCAAGACAGGCUAUGGUUCCCGCACAAGUACGUCAUUCUCCUGGAGCUACCACCACUGCAUCUAGUGUCCACGACUUUUACUCUAGCAUGGCUAUGCAAACGGCUCGUAUUACAUCUGCUGAAAUGAUGCCGAUGACAAAUGAUCGAUAUAGUUCAGUAGUUACACAAUCGAAUAUGCCAUCGUUCACGACUACACCAAGCUUACACAUCCCUAGUGACUCUAUUGCUUAUUCACAAAUGUACGCCCAACGACACUGAACUAAUUUUUUGUGUUUACCGCGCCGUAUCUGUUGUUUUAGAAAUUUGUAAGAACCUUAGUUUUUUAUCGUGUAGCGUGCUAUUGCACAGAUACCUUCUCUGACGUUGUUUAGUAUCAUCUUAUUUUGACUAAAAUUGAAGCGAAACUUUUGUGUUGUCGAAACUUCUUUACAAUCCGAUCAAUGUGAUAGUUAAAGCACUUGUAUAUGCACGCAGAAUGUCACCUUAGCUUUCAUGUAUUCAAGUUAACCAGUUUGUAUAUAGUAUUUAUUUAUUUAUUUUGAAAGCUUUAUAUAUAUAUAUUGUGAUGAUUUUUUCAUGAAAAUAUAAAUACUUGCUCGAACGACGUUUAAGCAUAUUAUUUAUUUCAUGUUAUCGUAAUAUUUUCGUGAUCACUUUACACGAGGUUGUACAUAUUUGACUAGAAAAGAACUUUUUAAAUUUUUCUUUUAUAUCAAUAUUUUUUUGAGUUGAAAGACAGAUAAAAAACAGUUAAAA